AGUUAGCGUGGAGCCUUGAAGGCCAAGGCGAACCCGAACGUUAAAACCGCCUCGCCUCGCUUCCUUGUUUCUUUGUUCCUCAUUUAUAAAUAAUAAUAAUAAAAAAAAAGGAGCUUGCGUUUUUUCCCGGCGAGUAUGCAACGAGGCGAAAGUCACGAAACCCAACCUAAAGCUUUGGUCUUUCUCCUUCCAUCAAUUUCUGAGCCAAGUUCUGCUGAAUAAUAAUAAUACAGUCGUUGCUGUUUUCUUUUUCUUUUUUUCUUUUUGGGGGUUAAAUGGUGUUUACGUGUUCGGAGAAAGAAGAGAGCAUGGCUAUGGGACCCGAGAGAUCGAAGCCUCUUCACAAUUUCAUGUUGCCUUGUUUGAAGUGGGGGGGUCAGCGCCACCUCCGCUGCACCAAACACCCCUCCGACUCCUCCUCCGCCGACGCCGCCGGAGAUCGCCGAUCUCCGGCGCCGCGCGAAUUCGACUCGCCGCCCCCGCCGCUCACUAAUGCUGACACCCGAACGCGCCUCACGCGGCCGCGGUUCCUCGUCGGCGACGAGGGGAUCGACGCCGUCAGGGAAAAGCUCAUGCUUGAUCUCAAGACCGAGGCCGAUAGGAUGAAGGACGCGAUUCUCGGCAAGGAGGUUGCAGAAUACAAUAAUGAUGUCGAGAUGAACGACGCACCGCCGCCGCCGGUUACUGGAGUUAGGAUGAAGGAUGCGAUUCUCGGCAAGGAGGUUGCAGAAUAUAAUAAUGGUGUCGAGAUGAACGACGCGCCGCCGCUGCCGGUUACUGGAGUGAGGACGUGGAAUCUGCGGACGCGGCGGGCUCCGGUGGCCGGAGACAAGGGAGUGAGGAUUGACGAGAGGAGGGGUGGUGGCGGUGGGUCGUCGUUAUCGCCGUUGAGGAUGAAGUCGCCGAAAUUGAGAGGGUCGCCGGAGAAGGAAGAGCGGCGGCCGGUGAAGUUUUCUCUGACGCUGGCGAAGAAGGAGAUUGAGGAGGAUUUUAUGAGGAUUGUGGGCCACCGGCCUCCCCGCCGGCCCAAGAAGAGGCCCAGAAAUGUGCAGAAGCAAUUGGAUACCCUUUUCCCUGGCCAGUGGUUGUCGGAGGUUUGUGCCGAUUCCUACAAGGUUCCGGAUGAUGCUGAGACUGGCAAGAGGUAGCGUUGAGAUUGGGGAGAGGCAUUCUGUUGUUGGCUGCUUAGGAUACAUCCGAGGAUUUGAUGGAUGGAUGGACUUGGUGGGGUUUCCCAGGAGCAGUCGUGUGCCUUUGUUGAUUUCAAUGUCGCUUUUGAAAUUUCAGAAGUAUAGUUUCAUUCUUUUGUUUAUAGAAUAAUACUCUCAACAGUGAUGAUUGUUCCAAAUCACAUGCUUUAGUUUACUACUUUGCUUUUGUAGCCACUAUGUAUGUAGCUGCAAGGAUGAAGUUAUACUGUGGGAACUUUAAACUUUAAUCUUAAAUUCUAGAUAUGGAACUUAUUCUGAGAUGGUAGUUUAAUGAAAUCUCUUAUUUGUGGUUA